GUACGAAGGGUCGAUACGUUUACAUCGGCUUUUUGACAUCGAAGGAAUACAGCUCUUCAUCGAGAGAAGAAUCAUGAUCGAUCCCGAAGGCCACUCGCAGCAAGACGCUCGCUAUUGCUCAUCCGUCUCCACAAUACCGUACAGACUCGAAUAUCUGCUAAAGAGAGACGCGGACACAAAGCAGGCAACGCCGAACGAGCCCGACGAUCCGCUCUCGUCAUGGACGAACUCAAUCAACAUCCCGUUCUGAGCAGGGGUUCCUUCAAACUAUGUCCCUUCAAACUAUCACCCAUCGACCUAACAUGUAGCCUUGACACGACUCAUCUCCGAUGCUACCGCUGGACUGAAUGUCUCUUCGGCCCCCGGCCUGAUUCUGCCUCUCAGUGGUGCGCGGGUACUGCUUGACUUCCAAAUCCUGGGCGGAGUUCGAGAGCGACGAGAUCGUAGAGAUACAAUGGAACAAGCAAGGCUUUGACGCUUUGGUCAUGCCUCCACCUCGGACACGACUCCUUGAAGCUCUAGUCAAGCAGGAGGAGGCGCACAAGACAAAUGCUGACUUGGACGACGUUGUCAAGGGUAAAGGCCAAGGUCUGAUAAUGUUGCUUACAGGUCCGCCGAG